AUGGCCGGCGGCGGCGGCGGCGCUUGGAGGCCCCCUCGGAGCUGCCAGGACUACUGGGCCGAGUGGACGCUGUGCCGCAGCCUCCGCAACCUCGUCCACCACUACUACGCCUUCGGGGAGGCCCCGGCCUGCGCCCAGUGGAAGCGCGACUUCGCCAACUGCCAGGAGUGGGAGGAGCGGCGGAGCCCGGGGGCCCAGCAGGCCCUGCGCGACAGCGAGCGGGCGCGACUCCGGGCCGGCCGGCAGCCGCACGCUCCCGUCUGGACCCCGAGGCGGAGGCCCCCGGAGGACUGGCACAGCCCCCUGCCCGGCGAGGACGCCUCCGAGUGAUGGACGCGCCGACCGCGCCCGGACCCCGGGAGGGAGGGGCGGCCGGCCUUCUCUUCCCGGCUCGGCCCCCCCGUCCGCCGGGUGACCUGGGGCGAGGUACU